AAUAAUAGAACAUUUCCCAUCUGGAAUAUGUGCAACAUGCGGUACAUUAGGCUAUUAAAAUUGACAUUAAUUGAUCUAAUAAAAACGAGGACUUAUGAGCUUACGUUCAAUAGCGCAUAAAAUAAUUGUGAUAAGAAGGAAAAAGCCUAAUAUACGUUUUAUAACUUUAUUUAUUGUGCCACCAGAUAUUUACUCGUGGUGAACGAGUGCCGUUAGUGGAAUACGAUCUCAUUAGCGCUUUAGAGGGACCUCUUAACGGCAUCAAUUAAGCUUUCCAGGUUGUGCUAAAUGAAAACGAGCUAGAGCAAUUUUAACGAUGUUUGCUAGUUUGGCGUCUGUCUGAGAUGAUUGGUGGAACUGUACAGAGGACGAAUGCACUCUACCUUGUGCCUUGAUGAUCCUACAAUCAUGCCAAUUGUCCGGAUGUUGAUUUUUCUUGGAUUCCUCCAUUCCACUUCUACGAAAGAGUGCAGCUAUGAUGAGUGUAAAGUACAAGCAAAACGAUUUCUAGAAUCUAUAGAUGAAACGAUUUCACCGUGUGACGAUUUUGUGGAAUUUGCCUGCGGGAAACAGUUUAAAAAGUUUGAUAAUAUGAAAAAAUCCUGUUCAGAAAAGUCAUUAGAGCCAACUACUUAUCGUUUGAACUUAUGGAAAAUGAGGAAAAAGUUACAGACAUAUUUGAGCCAACCACGUAGAAUUGAUGACACGAGAACAAUGAAACUUGCUCGAAUAUUUUGGAAAGCUUGUAAAAAUAUAACGACUGUAGAAGCUUUAGUUGGGGUACGUUUAUUAUUCAAAAGAUUAGGCGAAUGGCCAGUGAUCACUGAAUACUGGAAUAGCAAGCACUUCACUUGGGAAAAAUUUAGUAGAUGUGCUCGUAAUCUGGGAUUUUUACCAAGGAUGUUCAUUCAUAUUGGCCUAAAUAUAGAAGAAAUAACAAAACCUUGGAAUUACAAUGAUACAAUAAAACUAACGGUAGAAAGACCAAAGUAUGUCGACCUCGACAUAACUGAGGAAAAAUUUAUGAUGCAAAGUAUUGGAUAUUUAAAAAUAGCUAAGAAAUUAACGGAUAAAAAAAUUCCCAACAUAUCUGAAAUCAAUGAGGCGCUAGUAUUUGCAUGGAAAUUACACAAGUUAAAUUGCUCAAAUGGUUUUGAACCAAAAAAACGAUUCACGAUCGCACGGUUACAAAAAAAAUACCCUAUUACUAAUUGGAUAAAAUAUCUCCGAGGAAUGUUAACAAAGCGACAAAGAAAAUAUUUAUCAGAUAAAAAUUGUGUUAUUGUAGACACUUGUUAUAUCUCAUCGUUCCUUAAUGCUUCAGAGCAAGUUGAUAGAAGAACUCUGGCAAAUUACGCAUUUCUAGCAAUAAUCGAUGACCUUUUUAACUUAAUCAGACCUCAGUUAUCAAUAGCAUUUGCCAGUAAUCAAUUGGAAAUUGAACAAAUUUGCUUCGACUCUACUUCUGUAAUCUUUAAUUUUGCAUUAGAUGUUGUAAUUGCUAAUGAGGUUAAUAAACGGCUCAAAGAGAUUGUAGAAACAAUUCAAAAUCAUAUUUAUAAUGUAACUAUUCAUAUUAUUCAUAGAGUACCUUGGAUGGACUCAACGACCCAACAACAAGCUCGCAAGAAGUUGGAGAAUAUGCUCUUUAAAAUACCCUUUCCAGAUGAUCUACGGAAUGAUAAUUAUUUUAUACGUCUAGAUUACGUAACUGAAAAUUCUCUAAAUUCCCUAUUCCGUGAAAUCAAUACUUUCCUUGUAGAUCAUUAUUAUCUUAAGACAGGAAGUGUUCGGGCCAAGUAUUUCAUGGAUAAACCAAAUAGUUCUAUAACAAACAUAAUUUUUGAGAAGAAAAUACAUCUGACGGAUGCUGUUAUGAAAUUUGAUCUCUUCUCCAAGACUGUAUAUACUCCAGAAGCAGCCCUAGAGCUCAAUGAAUUGACUCCCUACAAGGAAUUAGCCUUUCUGAAUUAUGCGUCCAUUGGUCUCCAAAUAGCAGCAGCAUUGAGUCAUCACAUGUAUCAAAAAGGCGCGUAUGUUGACCACAAAGGCCAAUGGCAAUUUGAAUCAUGGUGGUCAGAUAUAACACAGGAACAAUUCAUGUCCCGGGAAUCCUGUCAAGCGAUUCAGACUGUAAAGCGCAUCAUGGACGCUUCUACUGUUUUUGGAUUCAUUGGUGCUUCUGAAAUUGCAUACAUGUCUGCUUUUCAAGCAUGCUCUGACGAGCUUUGCAAUACAUACAUUCUUCCAGGUUUAAACUAUACAAAAAGACAAUUAUUCUGGAUAAACGCCGUUGCUUCUGAUUGUGAUCGAAAUUUAAAGCAGCGAUACAACACAAUGGUAUCUCAUAGUGAGAAUUUUAAAACGGAUUUCCAAUGCAAUUCUAGUGCAAAAAUGAAUACAAAAAAUAAAUGUAAAAUGUGGAUUACUUAAAAAAAGGAAUCACAUUCAUCCUAUUGCGAUAUUUAAAAAAAAUAUUUUCACCCGGAAUUAUUUGCAAAUAAAAAUUAAUUACAAUCUAGCUAUGAAAAUAAAAUUUAA